GUCCUACCAAACGGCUGGCAUCUGUGCUUUAACUGAAUUUCUUGCCAAUCUGUGAACUACUUCUGUGGCCCUUGUGCCCGCGCCUCUCAUUUCUGUCCUACGUUAAAUUUCAACUUGUACAUGUCUGCACACGGCCACAAACAUACGGGUUCCGUGACCCAGAACCACAAAGCACAACUUGCUAAUGCCUACAACGAACUCGGGAAGGAACUCUCGUCGAGUAAGAUAAGGGUUGUCGGAAACUACACCCUUGGAAAGGUCAUCGGUGAAGGCGCGUACGGGAAGGUUCGCUUGGGUACUCACCGUAUCACCUCUACUAGAGUCGCCAUAAAGCAGAUUCCAAAGGCAAUGUCUGCCUCCCUCACCCGUGAAAUACACCACCACCGCCAGCUUCACCACCCCCAUGUUACUCAGAUGUAUGAAGUUAUUGCCACCGAAUCUCACAUCUGGAUCGUCACAGAACUCUGUUGUGGCGGAGAGCUGUUUGACUAUCUUGCUGAGAAAGGUCGCUUGUCCGAACGCGAAUCCAGCAUCAUUUUUGGUCAGCUUGCGCUUGCAGUUGCAUAUCUACACGAGAAGGGCAUCGUUCACCGAGAUCUGAAGCUUGAAAAUGUCUUACUUGAUGAACGCUGUCGCGUCAAACUCGGCGACUUUGGUUUUACCCGCGAAUAUGACCGUGGCGUCUACAUGGAGACUUUUUGCGGUACUACGGGAUACGCGGCCCCUGAGAUGCUUCAAGGCAAGCGUUACCUUGGCCCAGAGGUUGACGUUUGGUCCAUGGGUGUGAUUCUCUACUGUCUUCUAACUGGCACACUUCCGUUUGAUGACGACGACGAAGCAGUCAUGAGAGAAAAGGUCAUCAAAGGCAAAUAUGAAGACCCGGAGUGGCUUUCUACAGACGCCCGUGAUCUUGUCCGCAAUAUUCUUGAGGUCGAUCCUGCCAAGCGUCUGACGAUCCCACAAAUUUUGGCCUCUCCGUGGUUUACAUCUACCCCUUCCGCCCCUGUUUCUGACCAAGUGCUCCUUGGUAUCAAUGAUGGUCCUCCAUCACCGUCACCUGCCCGCGAUACCUUUAUCCUCCCUGUGAAACCCAUCGUGAACACUCAAACACAGGACCCUUUCGAUACAACUCAGGGUAACGGGAGCCAAACCACGAUUACGAAGGAUGCUCAGCGCUCUCAACUCAGUAAAGAUAGCAUGACUCGGCAGCCUGAAACCGUCAUCGAAGAGGAACCUGAAGCAGAGAACGUUGCACCAUCCGCUGCAGGGUCGGUUACAAACCUCGAUCAAACCCCUAAGGCGCCCCCGUAUCCAACACGCACACCUGCACGUACAAAGCGCCGUUCUGUAUCUUCUACCCUUUCCGACUCUGGUUCACCAACACUGGACAAGCCAUUAGCCCCUCUCCCACCCCAGGAUUUUGCAUCAUUGCUCAGUACUCCAGCUCCCAUAAUUUUCUCCACACCCGCGGAACGCGACCUUCUCAAUAGCCUCAGUCUACUGGGAUUUGACACUAGUCAGAUCGUGCAUUCUGUUCUCAGCGAUGCGUGCGAUGCCGCAGGUGCUAUUUGGUGGAUGCUAAAGCGCAAGCGGGAAAAACGCGUUUUGGCUGGAGAGAUACCAUUGCCCCCCGAGUUUUCCGAGCCUGCAGAUAGCAAGCAGCGAGAGAAAGAUGAAGAGAAAGAGGACCGUCCUAAUUCUCGGAGACGUACCAAGCGUGGCAUCGGUGUGCAGACUGAUGAUGUCCCAAUUGCUUCAUCACUGGGUCUGAUACAUCGUGCUCCUGAACUUGCCUUGUUGCCUCCGACGCCUACUGUCCCAUCAUCUGCGCGGCCCACGACGCCGCCACGUGCGAAAUCGCCGUUUCUGUCACCGUCACCGACUACUGCUGAAUCGUCUGGCAGGUCCAAUCCAUCGACACCUACCGGAAGUUUCAGGGAUAAAGAUAAGGACAACAAAGGGAGGAGGGAUAGCAAAGCACGCUCUGGGAGUGUGAGCAUUAUGCAACGCGCCACGAACGCCCUCGAAAUCGCAGGUCUUGUGCGCAAGAAAUCAAACGAAGCCGUGAAAGGGGAGGACAAGGAACGCGAGCGGGAAAGAUCUAGGGAGCACGAGAAGCGGACUGGAGGUGGGGAGGAGCCCCGAAAUUCCGGGAACUCCUCCAAGUUGACCAAGUCGCCGCCUUUGAAGCCUAAGGACCAAGUGAUUAUCCCUACUACCCCGUCCGUUGCAGAGUCGAGUAUCCUUUCUCCUCUGCCUGGUUCGCCGUGGGUGGUCACUGGUGGCCGAACGUCUCCUCCACAGUCACAUGCACCAACACCUGCGAACUCUCCGGGUGAUACGCUGACGAGCCUCCCGAACUUCUCAGAUGACGGAAAGGUUGUGCCACCUAACCGGAAUCGCGCCAGUUUAUUGUCUGCAUUCAGACUGUGGUUCCAAGAAGAUAAGAAAGGGAAGCGGAAGGAGGCGGCGCAAGCUCAAGGCAGUGGACGCGGACUUUCAUAUAGCCGUUCUCUUGCCAUUCCCCCUACUGUUUCCAUGUCACCUGGUGGUCAUGCAAAUGUCAAGAGAAGAGGCAGUGGAACUGGGCGUGGACGACGUGUGAAACGUCACUCGACGUCGUCGCGCCGUUCGAGCAGUGUAAAUUCUCAUCGAUCGUCAGGAAACUCUGGGCAAUUGCUAGUUCUGGAGCCACCUCAAAUACUAGAGCAAAUUCCCAGCGUGCGGUCGUAUGGCGGUGCUCAUACGCCGGGAUCUGACAGGGGAGAAUACUCAUCACGCCCCUCCUCUAUUCAUAGUGUUACACUUGGCAAGCACCGCAAAUCGCCAUCUACAGGGUCUAAUGGGUCAGCGCACUAUCGUAACAGUUCACCGAUGCAUAAAUAUCACCACAGGCGAGCUGGGUCUUCCUCGUCAACGCGUGUCAUACGUCAUCAGGCAGGGCCUCGACCUGUACACCAUAGGACCAGUUCUGCUACAUCGUCCGUCCACUCAUUAGCAUCCUCCCGGCCAACUUCGUUUUAUGAAGCCUCGGAAGGAGAAUGCACUCGCACGAGUUCUCCGUACAAGAGCUACCCGUCCCGCCGCUCGCUUGACGAUACGCCGCGACGUGGGAUAACAGGCAGUGCGACAUUUGUGGCUCAAAAGCGAAUCACGCCUUUCAUGAGUCCCUCCGGAGCCGUCGGACGAACGGGCUGGAAAAAAUCUUGGGGCCACGAGCCUCCUGGCUGGCAGUCCCGUUCUACGCAUCUACCUGUCGAGGUGCUUUCAAUAUCACCGGGACCAGAGGGGCCCGCGAACAUUCGAGAUGUCUUUACUGGGAGGCAAAGUCUCAAUUUAGGUGAUGAGAGCGAUUGGGUGGAUGAGGAUGAUGAUAUGCCUGAGUUUGCGGGUGGAUUGGGUCAGAUGCCGUCGAGCUCGAGUACGAACUCGUCAUUUACCACCACCGAGUCACCGACCCCUAUGUCGCCUCCUGCACGGAAUCAUAAUUCCCGCUCGGGGAAGGGUCGUACUACCUCACUGGCUCUGCCGAAUAGCAAUAGCAGGGCCAAACAAGGCAACUCGCCAGCUAGGCCGUCUCCUGUUCCGACGGAAAAUGUGUUUGAUGCUUCAGACACGAGAGCAGGGCGUCGUCAACUACCCACAAGCCGCUCAGGCCCUGCGUUCAGACAUCCAAUACAAGAAGAAGACGAGGGGGAAGAGGAAUAAAUCCUAUUUUUUUUUUAGCGUGCUAUGCAUACAUUGGUAAAUGUUGUCUCAUAUAAAGUUAGUUGCUGGUUUUCUGUCUUGGAUGCUGUCAUAGAAUUGCUCUCGUGUGCUUCUUCAUCCUUUUUCUAUGUCAUUAUGGUUCGCUAUUGUCACGUCAUCCAAUCCCUUUUUGUACUUUCCAUAUCAUUAUAUGAUACCCCGACUUCUAUGUCCUGUAUUUUUUUUCGUCUCCGAGCUCGUGCUGAUGUCUACAUGGGAUGGACUAUCAUAUUAUUUAACCACGAGAUACGCGAAUAACCAAACAAAUUCGUC